AUGAAAGAACGGCACAAGAUUCUGUUGCUGUCAAGCACAGUCCUCUUUUCGUUUUACUUUGCAUAUGACAUUCCGUCGGCACUGAGCCAUCAUGUAGGGUUUGAAUCAGAAGAUGAGGUUGAGUAUAAAAUAACCUUACUUUACUCGGUGUAUUCACUGCCGAAUAUAGUUGUGCCGCUGUUCUUUGGAUGGAUAACACAGAUCAAGAAGUGCACACUUGCGAAACUGCUGUGUGCAUUUGUGUUCGUGGGUCAUCUGAUGUUUACAGCUGGUGUUUGGUAUCGUAACUUCAAAGCUAUGCUUAUUGGCAGGUUUAUAUUUGGAAUUGGAGGCGAGAGCUUCGCUGUUAUUCAGAACAAACUGAUCUCUUAUGAAUUCAAAGGUAAAGAGUUAGGCUUUGCAAUGGGGUUGUUUUCAAGUAUUGCACGAUUGGGGACGGUUGCGAACUUCCUUAUCACACCGCUGCUUGCAGACAUGUUUGGUAGAAUGCUUCCAUGCAUUAUGGGUGUUGCAUUAACAUUUCUAGGUCUUUGGAUAUGCUUCAGGAUCAAUCAUUCUGGAAGAUCGCAUAAGAUACUGAAGCAGAGACUACUGGAAAUACAGAAGGUUAGUAAUGCAUCCAAGGAGCAAGAUGAGUGUGUCAAACCGGUGUUUGAUGAUGAUGCUGGCAACAUGCUUUCUUCACCAAAGUACUACGAAUAUGCACCUCAUAGAAGCAUUCAAGGUAUUGAUGGAGCAUAUGGAACGUCAUUCUUCCAUGAUUAUGGCGAUACAGACUAUAAUAGCUCCUCAGUAAUAAGCUCGGCUUCCAAUCCAAUUCUUUCUGAAAACCCAUUUCUACCAUGGGCAAAAAACACAGCUGAGGAGACAACAGUCAAAAGCAGACUUGAAAAGUCAGAUCCAAAAAUACUAUUUGAGGAAUCAGGUACUCUUUUCUACGAGCCAAAGAUUGAGGGAAAGAAUGCCUGCCAUUCUGCAUUCUAUGUUCUUGUUGCUAUAUCAUUUCUGUUCGCUUUGGUAUGGGCGCCUUUCUAUUCUGUCGCACCAAUGCUAUUCCAAAAGAGAUAUGGGUUAUCUGCAAUCUCAUCAGGCAACAUACUUGCAAUAAUCGAAGGAAUUUCGCUUGUGUUGGUUAUUUUUACAAGUACAAUAACGGACAUGUAUGGAAUGAAGCUGUGGUUUAUUGCAGCAGGUUGUAUGCUUUUUAUUGUGGGGCAUUCUGGAAUAUACUUUGGAUUGAUGUCUCCACAUCUAUCUGCAGUAAUGCUUGGGCUUUCGAGUCCUCUUAUAGCAUGCUAUUGGCCAUGCAUCCCUUCUCUUGUAUCUGAUGAGUCUCUUGGCACAGGAUUUGCCACCAUAUACUGUAUCCUCAACCUUGCAUUUACUUUUUCUCCGAUAGCGGUGGCGUUUCUUGCGACAGGCGAUGGCUCAUAUGACAGUGUGGAAGUGUAUAUCCUUGCAAUCGGAGCAUGCUCGCUGGUACUGAUAGGUAUUCUUUCGUACCUGAAUCUAAAGCAAUCGCUUGGAUUGAAUAACAGGUCGGCCAGUGGAGUAGAAGAUGAAAUGUAG